UGUUCCAUACCGCGGUAGACAUGUACAUAACGCACGUCCGGCGGUAAUCACAGUGCCACCGACGCGCGGGAUGGCGUGUUUCGGGCUGCCGGUAUUGGGCGCACUGAUGUCGGACUGACGCCAUCGAAGAGUCGGGUUUGUGUUGAUUCGUUUGUUGUUGUGUUUGGCGAAGUGGUUCCAAUUUACAAUUAGUUAUUAUUAUUUAUUUCUCGGUGCAAGUUAGUUUGCAGGCUUUUUCUUCACUCCAUACUGAGUGAAGGAUCCUAAUAAUAAUAACAUUACCGUACUCGGCAGCCCCGGAGUGUGUAAUUUCUCCGUGUAUUCGUCUCUGCCGUGCGCACGGUGCCCUUACUCGUUGCUCUCCGCGCGUUCGACCCGUUGUCGGAGAUCAGUGGAUUUCAGUUAUCGGUUUUGGCUGUUAUGGGCGGAACGCCAAAGAAUAUUCUUCACUUAUCUCAAAGAGUGCCAAACAACGCUGCCCGCUACUAGACCGUGGAAUACGCCAAGAUUGAAUUUAACUUCUUAAACAUGAAUAGUAUUGGAGCAAUGAACUCUCCAGUGAAGCAGCCUUUGCCAACCGUAUUGGCUCCUCCUACUAUUUCAAAUCCUUCCAAAGUACAACAACCACCGAAUUUAACUCCACUUAAUUUAAAUACUUCUCAAUCAGCUCAACCUUUGAGUCUUGUUAAUGAACAUAAAAAUGUUCCGUUUGUCAUCCCUUCGCCUAUUAUGACUUCUGUUGAAAAUAAUAUUCCAAAAUCUACUGCUUGUAAUGGUAUACCUGAUAUAAAACCAAUUGGUGAGAAAAUUGAAGAAGCCCUGCCUAAAAUUGAAUCACAAGUACUGCACAAUCAGGUAAAUAAUUCCGUCAAUGUUAAAAGUGUAAAUGAAUCUCCCCCUUCUGAAGUGAGACCUCAAGUAUCUGAAGUUGAAAAUCUGUCUCAAAAGAAAGAUGAUAAGAAUAACUUGCCAAUUGUUCAAACCGAUAAAGUAGUUUUGCCAGAAGUCAUUGUAACAUCUAUAAAUGAUCCUUUGAAAUCUGAAGAAAUACAUAAAACUGAAAAUGUAGUUUCCAAACCAAAAGAAAAUGAUACAAAAGUCAGUCAAGAUUCCCCUGAAAUUAAGAAUACAUCAGAAACAAACCAAGGCCUAACUGUUUCUCCUGAAAAAACUGAACAAGCACCUGUAAACACUUCAAAAGUUGGUAUACGCCGAAAAAGAGAACAUAAACAACUAGAAGAAGAAGAUGAGAAAAAGGAAAAAUCAUUGAAAAAGGAUACACCUAUUGAAGAAAUAAAAUCAAAGCGUACUAGACUUCCUACACAACCUUUCCAAUUAUCAUUGUUGCCAGAAAUGCAUCAUAUCUCCAAAAUUUCUGAAAAAACUCCAUCUUCAAAAAUCAAUAGUGACAAGUUAACCGUGUUUUACAAGAAUGAAUUUUUGGCUGUACGAAAUGAAGAAGGAGGAUUUUACUUAUGCCAAGCUAUGCAAAAUAUCCAUAGAGCUAGCCGCCGCAUUCGUAUAAGGUGGCUAACUCAACAUCCAAAUGAUGAGUUUACACCAGACUUUUAUGACCAUACAGAGUUUGAUUGUAUUUUGACAAAUAUAACAUUAAAAAAAAUUCAGAAAGAACAAUGGAAACUUCCUGAAAAAGAAAAGUUAAGAAUUGAAAAUAUUUUGAAACGAUCUAUUGAUGUUGAAAAAGGAUCAGAAAAACCUUCUGUAACUGAAGAACAUCCAGAUGGGUUGGACGUAAGUUUGUUCAAAGAUGAAGCUCAAUUAACGAAGAAAAAAGGUAGCAAAAAAAGCGUAACUGUAAAAAGGAAGGUGUCAACUGAUGAACAACAACCAGUGAAAAAGUCUUCUAGAUUGUCUAAGAAAAAACCAUCUUAUGAUUUUGGGCAUUCGUCGUCUGAAAGUGACGAGAAUGAUGAUGAAGAAGACAAUAGUAACCAAAAAAAGUCUUCAAACAAGAAAGUUUUGAAAAAAAAAGUUAUUGCAAAAGAACCUGCUAAAAAAAUUAUUGGCAAUGCUUCAAAACCAAAACAAGCAUCAGUUAGAAAAACACAAACUCCUGUUAAACCGACUUAUGUACUGGCAUCAGUUUCAUCAGCAGUGAAAAAAAGAGAAAUAAUUGCUACAAAACAAAAAAAAGAAAACAGUGUUACAGAUAAAAAGUCUUCCAAGAAAGUAGAACCAAAAUCUCCAGCUGUCCCACUACCUUCAGAGAGAUCAUCAAAAACUAGAAAUGCAGGAAAUGCGGUUUCUGCCAAAAUAACCACUGCUGGUAUUGGAAUAGUUAAAAAUAACCCCAACGAUCGAAAAACACUAAGAAAUCGUAAAUAAUAGACAU